GUUAGGUACCCCCUUCCCGAUUCUGACAUUUAGUUUUCACCCAUACAAAUAACUACGCCAGUAAGAUUCCAUAUGCACAAUUGGAUGAGUUCUGUAAUUGGAUUUGAUGUGAGGCGAGUGUAUGCAUGCUCUGAUCGACAGUAAGUUUGGCAUGAAGAUGGGUGUGCUUGGUCCUUGGCUUCUGUGUGGGUUGCUCUUGCUCAUUUGCAUAGUUGAAGGGCAUGUUCAUUACUAUGACUUUGUACUCAAGGAGGCCAACUUUACAAGGUUAUGUAAUACUAAGAGCAUGCUAGUAGUCAACGAUAGUUUUCCUGGACCGACCAUUCGCGUGCAGAAAGGAGACACCGUCUAUGUCAAUGUCCAAAACCAAGGAGACUAUGGCCUUACUAUUCACUGGCAUGGAGUACAUCAACCAAGAAAUCCUUGGUCAGAUGGUCCAGAAUAUGUUACACAAUGUCCUAUUGAGCCUAAAACAAAUUUCACUUAUGAGGUUAUAUUUUCUGAUGAGGAAGGAACACUAUGGUGGCAUGCCCAUAGUGAUUGGACUAGAGCUAGUGUCCAUGGUGCCAUUGUUGUUAUGCCCUUAGAAGAGACAGGUUUUCCAUUUGCUGAGCCCGAUGGAGAAGAAUUAAUCAUAUUUGGAUCUUGGUAUUUAAUUGAACGUCUGAACGAGGUGGUUACUGAGGAUGUCGAAGAAGGUCUUGACACUCCUCGGUCUGAUUGCUACACCAUUAAUGGACAACCUGGAGAUUUUGGCUGGUGCUCAAAUGAAAGUACACAUCGCUGGCAAGUAGAGUAUAACAAGACGUAUCUUCUUCGUAUUGUCAAUGCUGUGAUGAAUGCAGAACUCUACUUUGCCAUUGCUGAACAUACACUCACUGUUGUUGGUAUGGAUGGAUCAUAUGUUAAACCCAUCGUGACCGAUUAUGUUAUGAUUUCUGCCGGACAAACCAUGGAUAUUUUGGUCACCGCCAACCAGCCUCUUGGCCGAUACUACAUGGCUGGAAGACAAUUUGACACCGCUAAGUCAGCCGUUGAAGGCUAUGACAAAUCAAAUGUGACAGCAAUUCUGGAGUAUAAAGGCAAUUACUCUCACCCGGUAUACCCAAUCUUUCCAUCCACCCUUCCUGCGUUUGAGGAUAUAGAAUCUGCGGUAAAGUUCACAAGUCGUCUUAAGAGCUUAGCAAGCAUAGACCACCCUACAAAUGUGCCACAGAAUAUAACUACCAAAAUGUAUAUAACGGUUGCGAUGAAUAAUGGCACCCUUAUUAAUGGUGGUGAAGAGAUCAAAAGUGGCCUUCUAUCAAGUUUAAACAAUCUAAGUUGGGUUAAUCCAUCAACAGAUGUGCUACUUGCCUACUACAGGAACAUGAGUGGAUUUUAUACUUCAGAUUUUCCUGAUUUUCCACCAGCAUUAUUUGACUUCGUAUCUGAUGAUCUGGCUCCUGAUAGAACUAUUGCAACUGUCAAAGCAACUAGAGUCAAGGUGUUAGAGUACAAUGAAGAGGUGGAAAUUGUAUUUCAGGGUACUAAUUUGCUUGAUGCAUCUGAGGAUCAUCCAAUGCACUUGCAUGGUUAUAGCUUUUAUGUAGUUGGAUCAGGUUUUGGAGAUUUUGACAACGAGACAGACCCUGAAGGGUAUAAUUUGAUUGAUCCACCAAAGCUAACUACUGUUUCAGUCCCAAAGAAAGGGUGGGUUGCUAUCAGAUUCAAAGCCAGUAAUCCAGGGGUCUGGUUAUGGCACUGUCAUUUGGAUCGACAUUUCAGUUGGGGUAUGAACACUGUGAUGAUAGUGAAAAAUGGUGGCACGCCAGAGACGAGCAUACGCAGACCACCUCCAUACUUGCCUCCAUGUAAUGGUUCACCUGCCAACGUGUUCGAGCAGUUUCACCACAAAUUCAGCAAGACAAGUAAAUAG